AUGGACUUGUACUUAUCCAACACCCAAUCUAACAUGAUGUUUUCCCAUUCCACAAUGACACAGACUCCUGGUCUGUCUUGUCCAAUGGAGCAUUCGUACUCACAGGGAAGCGAAGCUUCAACACAGUCUUCCUUCACUUAUUCAGACGUGUGCUCUUCCUCUCCGAUGCAAGAACUAGAAUUCCUUCCCUGCCAGUCUCCUUUCGAGUCGUCCUAUGAUUAUGAAUUCUCUCCUCCCCCGAGUCAGUGCCAAUAUGGCUUUGCGGACGCAUACCAGGACGUAUACCCGGCCGCCAACUCGUCCUAUGUCAGCUCUAUUCCGAUUCCAGGCUCAGGCUGCGGAUACUUCGACCCCUUUCUGGCAACAUCUGCAUCAUCGAUAUCGUCUUCCCCACCGGUUCAAUGGCCGCCCCAAGAUGUCCAACUCUUCCCUGAUCCCUGUCACGACAUUUCCUUCGAAACCACAUUUCCCAAAUCAAACAAACCAUUCCCCUGCUCUGACUGCGGCAAAUCAUUCACUCGCUCCGCCGAUUUAAAACGCCACCAAACCAGCGUCCACUACCCCAUAUUCCAAGACUGCCCCAUUGCCGACUGCUCAAGAAAAGGCCACAACGGCUUCCCUCGAAAAGACCAUUUGCUCGAGCAUCUACGCGCGUACCAUCACGUCCCUGUGCCCAAGCGCGGGGCGUCGAAGAGAGUUGCUAAAGCGCAGUAUCCAUGUCUGUAG